AGAACUGUAACACUUCGUGCACGUUUUUGUAUAUUUGAUCGUUAUUAUAACGAAGCCUAUUCGUCGAUUAACGAAAGGUCAUCACCGGUGUUGACGCCGCGCAGCCGCGGACUGUUGACCAGUGUAAUUAGCCGAUUUAAAGAACAGCGGCGCGGCUACCCAUUGGAUAAGUACGCACCUACGAUGCUGCGAAUUGAUUCCUUUACGGGCACAGAAGUCGUCAAUAACGAAGAGGUCUGCGCAAUUGAGCAUAGUCCCAAACGCUUGUUCAAGCUUGCAGUAACAGACAAUGUCGAGCAACUGGAGCAAAUUUUCAAUAAACAACGGAACUUGGUCCACAUCAAAAACGAAGCCGGCAAAAGUCUCCUGCAUGUCGUUGCAGAGCAUGGAAAGCCGCUGAUGAUCGAUUUGUUAGUUCAAAAAGGAAUUCCUGUGGAUGUCAAAGACGGCGAAGGUGAAACUAGCCUCCACGUGGCGGCUAUGAAUAAUAACAUGAAAGUGGUGGAGACGCUAAUUGCUCUCAACGCUGACCUUUACGCCAAAAACGCCAUGUUGGAAACGCCGUUACAUGAAGCCGUUCGCUUCGAUGCGUUGGACGCCUUAGAGGCGCUUCUUCGUACCAGUACUCGUGAUAUCAACAUCCCGGGUUGGCACGGACGUACGCCACUCCAUAUUGCGGCUGUACAGGAUUAUCUGGAGUGCUUUAAACUGCUAGUGGCGCAUGGAGCCAAAAUUAAUUUUGGCUGCUUUAGCAAACUGACCGCCAUUCAUGCCGCGUCAGCGCGUGGUUCUAAUAAAGUCUUGAAAUAUCUGCUAACCGAAUUGGGCGAGGAGGAAGCCCACAAUCAAGUGAGCCUUCAAGAUCAGGACAACCAGACCGCCCUGCACUGGGCCGUCAAUAAUGGCCGAUGUGAAACCGUCAAACUUCUUUUGGAACAUGGAGCAGCGUUAGAUUCGCAGAUGUAUGAUAAGUCCACUCCGGUCCAUCUGGCCUGUGCGCAAGGACUCUUGGCUGUUAUUAUGGAAAUGGACCGAUCGGCUACCAAAAGUUUUCAUGCUGUCCUCGAAAAAGAUGCACAAGGAAUGACGCCACUGCACCGUGCUGUCAUGUUCAACCAUACCGAUGUUGUCAGUUUUCUUAUACAAAAGGGCACUUCCAUUGAUGAGGAAGAUAAGGAAGGGCGAACAGCCUUAAUUCUGGCGUCGUCACGGGCAUCGUGGGCAUCCUUAGCACUGCUGUUAGAAGCCGGCGCCAGUCCUAUUAAACGCGACAAGCGAGGAAAGAAUUUCAUGCAUUACAGCAUUAUGCACGGAGGCGCUCCCAAUGUCAAUGAAUUAAUCGGAAACAAAAAGAUGAUUGCUGAGUUACUGGACGACAAGGAUAUGUGGGGAUGUACACCGUUGCACUAUGCCGCGAAGAGCGGUCUGCUGCGCUGCAGUGAUGGUUUAGUGCGACUGGGAGCAUCCAUUCACGCCAAGGAUAAGCAACAGCAGUCACCUUUACAUUUUGCGGCAAAAUACGGACGAUUUAAUACCGUGAAACGCUUGUUGGAAACGUCGCAUGGAUUUAAUAUAAUAAAUGAGCCAGAUAAUCUAGGUUUGACACCGCUGCACCUGGCCGCAAUGAACGGCCACACGCGCGUUGUUAAACUACUGAUGUGUAAGGGAGCGCUUAUUCAUCGAAAUAAUCAGGGUGAGAGUCCAUUACAUCUUGCUUGCGUCGGCGAUUAUCGAGAAACAGUUCAAGUCAUCGUCGUCCAUUAUUCCCAUUUGAUCGACAGCGUGGACAAAAAUGGAAACACUGGUUUACACAAAGCUGCCGAGCACAAUGCGACAAAGGUCAUCGAAGACCUGCUGACGGCGGGAGCCAAGCUUCUCCUAAACCAAUCCAACCAAACGCCCAUCGACGUGGCUAUACAGAAAAAGCAUCAAGAAGCAGCUUCAUGUUUUGUUCUACAUAAACGGUGGGUGGAAAUUCUUACCGUCCCAUCAGCCACUUACGGAUGGCCUGUUUUAGGAUUGAUCGAACAUUUACCGGAAGUAAUGACGGUUGCGCUGGAUCACUCCAUGACGAAAUCAGAGCACCAUCCUUGGUCGAAAAAUUACUACAUCAACUUCAAUUUCAUUCUUCUGGAGCCACCCGGCGUGGAAUUUGUAGAAGAUAAAAAUUCCGCGGAUCCAAAAUCUCCAUUGAAAGCUUUGAACGCAAUGGUUCGCCAUGGCCGCAGUGAACUGCUAUCGCAUCCUGUUUGCACCAGUUACCUGAAUAAAAAAUGGACCAGCUACGGAGUCUGGAUUCACGGUUUUAACAUCGCGCUGUAUUCUGCAUUCCUACUUAUGCUGACCUAUCUGGUGACCACGGGAAUCGAAAAUGAACUCAUCCCCAAACUGAAACAUACGUCAUAUUAUAAUGUCCAUAAUAACACUGCCGAGAGCGCAUCAGCAAAAUUCGACAUGGAAGAUCCGCGAUUCCGUCGCUGGAUGCAACAUAACAAAGAGAGUAUGAUGUCGGCAGCGGCCAGCUACCUGAUCUGCGCAUUCACCAUCAUUAAUAUGCUGAAAGAAAUUGUGCAGUUAUGCCUGCAGGGAAGGAAAUACUUUCUGGAUUAUUCCAACUACGUUGAAUGGUUCUUGUACAUCUUCGCCACAUUCUUCGCGUUCGGUAGCUGUGACAAGACCGAAACCUUUAUGCCCUGGACAGUGCGAUGGCAGUUAGGGGCGGCGGCUAUUUUCCUGGCUUGGUUUAAUAUUAUGCUGUAUUUACAACGAUUCGGUACUAUUGGUGUCUACGUGGUCAUGUUCUUGCACAUACUCCGUUCACUUUUACGCGCUUUCUUUGUCUUCGCGUUCCUGCUUGUGGGGUUCGUGCUGGCAUUCCAGAUUUUGCUGCCGUCGUUUAUAUUUCCCGACGACCAGGAUUAUUACCUGAAACCCGGUCUUGUCAUCGAUGUGAGUACUUUGACGACACCGCAUCGGAAAUUCGGAUACUCAGCUUUGCGGAUUAUAAAUAUGCUUUUGGGAGAGAUUGAUGCUGUGGCCAAUUACAUCACUCCAAUGCAGGAGGGCAUGGUGCAGUUCCCCCACUUGACCUUUAUCUUCAUCGUUUCGUUCAUUGGACUGUCCGUGCUCGUUAUGAAUUUACUGAUUGGUUUAGCGGUUGGUGACAUCGAAUCGGUUCAGCGCAGUGCUACGCUACAGCGCAUGGCCAUGCAGGUUGACCUGCAUACUGGACUGGAAAAAAAUUUACCGAAGUGGUUUUUGAAACGGGUUACCUUUAAGGAAAACACCUACUACCCUAACGGAUGCACCAAGGGAAUAAUGCAAAAGUUCUUCUGCAUUUCCGGUAGCAAUCCGGUUGCUAACUACACUGGCUUCAACACACCCACACCAUGCGAGAAACGAAUGCAGUGCGAACUGGAGAAACAGCGACGCAAACUGCGGGAUGUCCAUGGCAAACUGGAUCAGCAAAGCAAUCUUUUGCGUUUGAUCAUACAAAAGAUGGACAUUCAUGACGAAGCCGAACAACUGGAUGAAGGUGCAAAUGAUCUGCCGCCACCUUAUAAAAAAUAAGUCGAUACUUUUUAGUUGACAUACACGCAGUUAAGUGGUCGUACUUGCAUUCUGAUUCAGCACUACUAUAAUUUUUUGCGUUGUAAACCGAUAUAACUAUUUAGCAAAUCACCUUUCUGCGUUAGAUCAAUCCACCAUGUCAACUUAAAGGUCAAUCGACUAUUCUUAUGUCAAUUCUUCGAGUCUACUUGAUGCAUUAUCAUUAAUUUUAUUUUUAUUUGCCGUAUGUGCAAUUUGCUGAUAAUAUUAUUGUAUUACAUGCGUUGAACGUCGAACUAGUGUCCUGUGUACGUAUUGUACGCUAUAUCUGUACAGUAAGCUGUAUUUUGCUAGCAUUCCCAAAUUAAAACAGUG